GUGUGUGUGUGUGUGAGAGAGAGAGAGAGAUGGUGUUGGGACUGGUGCGCGCGGCCGUGCACGCAGCUGGCGCGAGGAGCUCCAAGUCGAUAAGAGAGAGGACUUUAAAUCCCGGCGAUCACACGCGCCGCGUUUGCUUUCCACUUGCGCGAAAGAGGAGGCUGGAGACCGUACGCACGCGGUCGGAUUUUGAACGCUCGUGUCUCGCCGGUUGUUGUUGUUUUUUUUCGCUUGUUGUUGCGUGUGUGUUUCUUUUGUUUUGUUUUAAACACGGAACACAGUUGAGUUGGUGUGCGCCGCGUGCUCCGUGGAUGGGGCCCGCGCGCCGCCGCGCUCCGCUCCGCCAAGCGGGCCGAUGGUAGCGCGCGACUCGCGCCGCACGGGACCAUGGUCGAGAGGAGCGGCAAGUUCCUGUUCGCCGUCGUCGGCUCGGCGCUGUUUAUGCUCAUCCUCUAUCAGUACGCAGCACCCGGUGCCGUGACGUCCAACUUCGGCUUACCGCGCGCCUAUGCGUCCGAGGACGACGACGCCGACGCAUUCCCCACGCCCGACCCACACUACGUCAAGAAGUACUACUUCCCCGCACGCGACCUGGAGCGCGCCGUCGACUUUCAGAUCAAGGGCGACGACGUGCUUGUGUUCCUGCACAUCCAAAAAACCGGCGGCACCACAUUCGGUCGUCACCUCGUCCAAAACGUGCGUCUCGAGCUGCCUUGUGACUGCCGACCCGGCCAGAAGAAGUGCACGUGCUACCGGCCAAACAGCAAGGAGACCUGGCUGUUCUCGCGCUUCUCCACGGGCUGGAGCUGCGGACUGCACGCCGACUGGACCGAGCUCACUAACUGCGUGCCCGGGGUUAUCAAUAAGAAGGAGAGCAAACUGAAAAACCAAAGGAAGUUCUACUACAUCACCCUACUGAGGGACCCUGUGUCACGCUACCUCAGCGAGUGGCGACAUGUCCAACGGGGAGCCACCUGGAAGACAUCAUUGCACAUGUGUGAUGGACGCACGCCAACCCCAGAGGAGCUUCCGCCCUGCUAUGAAGGCACAGACUGGUCAGGCUGUACCUUACAGCAGUUUAUGGAGUGCCCCUACAACCUGGCCAACAACCGGCAAGUGCGCAUGCUGGCCGACCUCAGCCUUGUGGGCUGUUACAACAUGUCAUUCAUCCCCGAGAAGAAGCGUGCUCAGAUCCUGCUGGAGUCGGCCAAGAAAAACCUGCGUGACAUGGCCUUCUUUGGUUUAACCGAGUUUCAACGCAAAACACAGUACCUUUUUGAGCGCACCUUCCAUCUCAAGUUCAUUCGACCAUUUGUGCAGUAUAACAGCACACGUGCGGCCGGCGUCGACCUGGACAAUGACACCAUCCAGCGCAUCGAGGAGCUUAACGAGCUGGACGUUCAGCUCUAUGACUAUGCACGUGACCUUUUCCAGCAGCGUUAUAUGUUUAAAAGGCAAUUGGAAAGGCGUGAGCAGAGGCUCAAGAACCUUCGGCGCUCAGCUGGCUCUAUAAUUUCUCCCGUGUCCCGUGAUGAGGCGGGCGACUCUGAAUUUUCACGUUUGUCCACAGAAGAUUACAUGAACCAUAUUAUUAAUCGCUGGUAGCAGGAUUGAAGGCAAAACCUCUAGAAAUGAGAAAAGUGGUGCCAAAAUCUGUUUCGGUGCCCAGUACUCUCAGCCACCCAGACUGUGAGCUAGACUUGACAUCCAAUAAGCUCAUCCUGCCUCGUUCAUGCCCGGAAUGAUGCGAGGCUAAAGACUUUUAAUGACUCAAGACAUUAAGCCCACUUCAGAAUUCCUUCAAGCCAAUAGGGAUUCUGUGCAAGGCAAACCUUAAGAGAAUGAUCAAGGGAAGAUUGUAUAGUUAUUUGCCUAAAUGUCUGCUGCCAUUUUAGCCAUGGCUUUGAAACAGUGAUGUUCCAUAUCAUAGUUUGGAUGUUUUGUUUUGUUUUCAGGGUUCUUUAGAACGAUUAUUUCCGCACCUCCUACAAGAGGGUGUUUUUAAAGCACUGAGACCAACUAUGCUGCCUAAUGUCUAUUGUAUGCAAUUUUUCAGCUUUGUUUAGUCAUCGUUCAAAAAAAAAAAAAAAGAAAGAAAGAAAAGUUUAGAUGAAUCUUUUUAAUUUGGUUUUGUUUUGAUUAUUUUACCCUGUUCGUUUUUAUGACCAGAUAUUUGUGGACUAUAGCCAUUAUUUAAACUUACAGCAUACCGUUUGGAAUUAAGUUAAGCUAAAGGUGAAAGCUAAAACUACACACCCAGGUUGUCGAUUAUCUUAUAUAAACUUAUAUCAGCCAGCACAGCCCCAAGCAUUACCCUGUGUUCACACUGGCCACAGCAUGCAGAACAGCUGGAAGUCAUGCAUUUUCAAUGACAGCUAGUAAUUAGAGUGGCAAGAGGCAAAGCAACCAUUUGCAACGCAGAGUUCUACAAAUAGGAAGUAAUGCAUUUCGUGACCACCAAUAGGAGCAGAGUAUAUUUGCCCCAACAGCUAUCGAUGUUUUUUGGUUCCAGAUCUUUCUUUCAUAAUCGCAGCUCCUGAGCCUUGUGUGUGUGGAGUUUGCAUGUUCUCCUCGUGCCCCGGGGGUUUCCUCCGGGUACUCCGGUUUCCUCCCCCGGUCCAAAGACAUGCAUGGUAGGUUGAUUGGUAUCUCUGGAAAAUUGUCC